AUGUCCUCGUUCAACCACCCCUUCGCUAGUUCCGGCUACGCGCAACCCACAACCAACAACUACUUCAAUCAAGGCGACAAGUACCAGUUCGGCCAGAAUCAAUUCGGCCAGAACAGUCAAAACGCCUGGGCUCAGCAGCAACAAGCCAACUUCUUCGCUCCUCCUCAGGAGUUCGUAAGAAAUGCUGCUAACCCCUUCAUGGGAGCCCCCAAUGGCAUGGCCAACUUCCAAGCCAGUGGACUUGCUCCCACUUACAACCAAGAAACAAAAAACCAAGCAAACAGCAACGGCAGUGACGCCCAUAUCGACACUGGCCCCACUGCUCAGCUUCAGCUCCAGCCUGACGAACCGGAGCCUCACAACAGUCCAGGUCUCAUGAACUGGAAUUUGGAUGGCAACCUAGAUUUCCCUCAUGAGAACCUGCUCAACCCUCAUCAUUCUGAUGAGUUUGGUGCAAUAAACACCAACUUUGACGACACCUCCAACUUGGACGGUCUUUUCGUCGAGCCUCCUCAGCUCCAAAUGCAACACGUGGAGGCUCAACUCAGCGCUGAUACGUCCUCGCCAGACGAUAUCUCGCUUUUCGGGGAUGGAGAGGCACAAUCUACACAGGGAGACUGGGAAGAGGAUCCCAUGUUGCGGCAGCUUGAAGAGGAUCUGGAAGAGCAAUUUCGACAAGAGGCGGAUAACGAAACCAAAACGAACAAAAAGCAAGAACAAGUGGCUGGCAGAGGCUCCAUUCAAAAAGCUCAAGCCAAGGCACAGCCGGCAAAAGCAAAGUCGAAAGGGGCAGGCCCAAUGCCAACCAUUGCCCUGUGCCUCCCGACAUUUAAGAAUGCCGUUGCCCAGGAGCCACAACAGCAGCAGCAACAACAACAACAUCAACAGUCCGCCGGGGAUGCUAUGCAGCGAGCCAUAGGGGCAGGCCCAGCGCCGAUGAGUCCUCUGUGGCCCCUGUUGCCUGCCGAGCCCGUGCCUCGAGCACCCCCGGCACCGCAGGACAACUUCAUCAACAACAACAAUAACACCAUCCUUGGCCCCGCAAACGAGGGUGCCAAAGUAGCCAAGAAGGCCGCUGGCAAGAACAAGAAACAAGACGGCAGCGGCAAGCGCCAGGUCGCUGCUAACGCCUGCGCACGCUGCCGAAGAAGCAAGAUCAGGUGCGCUUUCGAAGACGGAGCCAGCGCUUGCAAGAACUGCCUGAGCCGCAACAUCACACAAUGCGUCCGCUCAGGUGACGACGCGCGCACUCACAACACGGUCGAAUCUCGCUUCGAACUGGCACUUGAGGCCUGCAUCAACUACCUGGCCGAACUAGUCUUCCUCUCCGUUAGCUUGGUGCAAAACAGCAACGCAGCCAAAGCUUCAAAACUUGGCGUCCAAAUGGGUCGACCUGUGGAUUUAGCAUCAAAAAUGGUUGCAAUCGCAGGGGCAGAAGUGGACCUGGAGCCAAUGACUUGGUACAAGAAUCAAAUCCGUCGGAUGGUUCACCUCCCCGCCGUCAUCAGGGGAACCAAGCUCAAGGAGUCUCGCAAGGAGUUUGAAAAUCUCUUGGCCAAGGCGACAGACUACGUGAGAAUCUUGGGCGAAGUGCUAGUCCGUCUCACACAUGAGGAAUCCUACAAGGACGGCCACAUCAUCAGCCACUUUUUCGUCAACGAAGGCUGGUCACUUGACAGGAUCGACCGUCGCAUGCAAGCCAGCCCAGUUGAGGACACUUGCAACCUUGUAGGCAACCUGACAAACAACCUGACGGCCAUCUUUGAAAAGGUUCACCUGGGGCUCCUAUGA